CACAGUGUGAGUGCUGGCCUGCCUCGUCUAGCGUACGCGGCAAAAUGGCGGAGCGGCCGUGCAUCCUUCCCGCACCGGCGCCAAAAGCAACGACGACGACGACCGAAGUCGUCUCAGACUCACCACCACCACAGUCGCAUCCCGUCCAGCCAUGGACAGCCUCGACUUUCCCACGCACCAGCUCAUCCUCAAUGAGCUGGCCCUCAACCUCGCCGACCAUGCCGCCGCGGGCAAGCUCGAGCCGGCCGAGGCAAACGGCCUCAUCACCGGCGCCUCGAGCAGCCGCAACAAGAGCGGCGCCCAGCACCUGACCGCCUCGGCGGCGCGCACGCAGAUCAGCCUGGCGCUCUUCGCCUCGUCCAUCUCCUCGGCCUCGCUCAGCACGACGCACACCGUCGACGAGGCCAACGACCGUCACCUGCGCCCCGUGCUCGACGAGGUCGUGCAGGCCGCGCGCGAGCUCACGGCGCUCGACAUCGAGGAGGGCAUGAACCUCGUCGACUGGCCGCUGCCCGACCAGCUCGCCUUUGCCCUCACCUCGAGCCUGCUGCGCAUCGCCCACAACGCGCCGCAGCACCGCCAGCGCUGCCUCGACGGCGUCCUCGUGCUGGCCGAGAAGCUGGCGCUCGGCCUCAGCGCCGCCACGAGCCCGGCGUAUGUCAUCGCAACGCGCCUGGCACCGGCGUUCCACGGCUUCUACCGCGCCCUUUCUGGUGUCGCCUUUCACUGGAGCCUGGCCGAGUUUGCGCGCCUCGCCGUCUCGCUCGAGCCCAUCACCAGCGCGAGCUACAGCACCAAGCGCCUCAACGACGCGCUCCUCGUGCUCCCCGAGCAGGCGGCCGCGCGCGCACAGGCCGACCGCGCCACGCGCCGCAAGCCCAAGCAGCCCACGGUGCGCCCUAAGGACGACGACGACGACGACGAUGCGCGCAGCACCGGCUCCGUCGACACCUUCUUCUCCGGCGACGAGGAGGAGGAGGACGCCGAAGACGGCGAGCUGGUCGACACCGGCGCCUUCCCGCAGAGCGACGAGGAUCUCGAACGCGAGGACUACCGCACCGCGCUGCUCUCACACUACCGCCGCACGGGCCGUCCGCUCUCCGGCCACUUUGUCCUCUGCGGCGCCGUCGAGUCGCUCGGCUCCGUCAUGGCUCAGGCACUCGCCGCGCACGCCAGCCCGCCGAUCGCCAGCUUUGCCGACUACCAGAAGCGCGCGCUCGACCUUGACCGCAUCGACCCGGCACGCAUCGCCAAGGCCGAGCGCUUCGACCUCGACACGAGCGAGCAGGCCGCCUCGGCAGACGUCACCGCCAAGGCGUGGACGUCGCUGAUGCGCUACGCCGUCAAGGACCCGCGCGACGCCAACUCGGCUGCGGCUGCGCCCGCGCAGAACGGCGAGGACGAGAGCAACGGCAUUGCCUCGACGCUGCUCUCCGUGCUGCCGCUGAUCGGCACCACUAAGCGCACCGCGGCCUUCGGUUCGGAGGACGAGUCUGGCGCGGCGUCCGUCUCUGUGGAGAAGGGCCUGCUGGCCGCCUCGCGCUUCGCCAGCCGCGUCUACCACGAUCUGCAGCGCUUCAUCGAGUCCGAGGGCGCCAAGCGUGGCGAGCUCUUCAUCGACGUGUACGCGCUUGAGAUUCUCUCCGAGAGUCUCAAACUCGGUGCUCUCGUCUCCAUUGCUGCGAGCCGCAUCGGCGACUCGGGCGUCGACUCGCACACGCUCGUGCGCAUCCGCUCGCUCCUCUCCGAGGCGGCGCUGGUCUUUGAGCCCCUGGUGCAGAGCGCAGCGCUGCAGAGCGUCUCUGUACUUGUGCGCAACUUUCCCGCGCUUGCGCUGCCCAUGACGACGCAGCUGCGGCGCUUCGUCACCAGCCCGCUGGCCAUGUUCGAGCUGGACGAGAGCACGCACGGUGACGGCGCCAGCUCGUCGAUCAGCCCUGUGCUGGCCAGCGCUGCCAAGGCGAUCGCCAUCUGCGUCACGGCCUCGCGCAACGACGAUCUCGUCGUGAGCACGAUGUACACGCUGCUCAACUACCUCGGCAAGGACAGCUCAGCCGGCGGCCUCGCGCCGGGCGCCAUGGCCAGCAGCGGCAUGUCGAUCCGCAGCGGCGUCAGCCGUGCAGUGACUGGGCGCGACUUUAGCACGGGCGGCGGCGCCAUGACGAUCUCGCCGGCGCGCACAGACAGCCAGAAGCGCCUCAUCAGCGCGUCGACAAUCACCAUCGUCAGCCGCCUGGCGCUCGAGGUGGCCAAGCCCGAGGUCACGGCACUGACAAUCAGCAUGCUGCUGCAGCGUCUGCGCACGGCAGACGAGGGCAUUGAAGCCGCCAUUCUCACCAACCUCGUGCCACUGGCCCUCGCCGGCCCGGACCAGGCGUAUGUUGAUGUGAUGCGCGCCUUUAGCCAGGUCAGCCGCAGCGCCCUCACGGGCGGCGCCAACCGCCGCGGCACGUCGUCGGUGCAGGCUGCGCAGGUGCGCCUUGCUCAGGGUCUCGGCCAGCUGCGCGAGACGGCGCCGGACAUGGGCAGUCGCAGCGACGACCCCGAGGCCGAGGAGCAGCGCCAGCCGGGCCGCAAGGAGAUGUUCCUGCUCGAGCUGCUCGAGCUGUACGCCGAGAAGGGCAUGCAGCUGCAGACGAGUCUCGCGAGCGGCAAGGCAUCCAAGGAGGAGGCCAGCGAGCUCACGGCAGACCUGGCCAGCCUGCUGCCCGCCAUUGCCGCCGUGCUGCAGCACGACGACAUCAACCCCCAGCAGAACUCGACGCCCGAGAUGGUCUCGCACUUCCGCAACCUCUGGUUCCUCUCCGUCAUCUUCGACAUCGCCCAGCCGGCGCACGUGCGCGCCACCGGCGCCUCGACGACGGCGCGCCGCGGCAGCCUGGCGGGCCUCACUGUCAGCGCUGCGCCCGCCACGAUCCAGCAGGCGCUCGGCGAAAUCAGCCUCAAGACGCCCGCCCUCGUGCCCGAGAGUGCGCACAACUACAUCGAGUCGGACCUGGAGUUCAACUCCGUCCUCAAGCGCGACUACACGGCGUCUGCGCUCGAUGUGCAGCGCAAGAACCUCGCGGCGCUCAUUCCCAGCCAUGCGAGCGAGGUGCGCAGCCUACCCUUCCCGCGCAUCACGUUCCUCAACACAAUCUACUGCCUCGAGUGCACGCGCAGCGCCAUGGGCCGUCCCUCGACGAUCCUCUGGUACUUCGUCAACGCCGGCCUCAACGAGAGCAGCCUGGCGGGCCCGAUGGAGGCCAUCUCGGAGGCCGUCAUUGCCUCGUUCAUCCGCGACCUCUCGACGCAGGUCGCGAGCCACAGUGUCGACCCGAUGGUCAGCCACGAGGUGCGCGCCCUGCUGCUGGGCAGCUGCCACCGCGUGGAGAAGGUGCGCCAGGUGUCGCGCCGCUUCCUGGACCGUCUCGUGCCGUCGUACCCGAGCCUGCUGUGCAACAAGGAGGUGGUGGUGGCGCUGCUCGAGAUCCUCACGCUGCUGCGCCAGGGCUGCGAGGGCGAGUACCUCGACGAAUACUCGCCGCAGUACCACUUCCGCUCCGAGCGCGCCGAUCUCGAGUUCGACCUCUCGGCAUCGUACAGCCAGCGCGGUGAGAUUCUCAGGGAGUUCCUCAAGCGUGCGCGCGACUUCCUCGGCGAACUGCUGGCGCGUGCGCCCGUCGAGCUGCAGGGCAUCCUGCACAACUACCUCAGCAGCUUCGACGACCACACCCUGCCCGGCCACUCGGAGCUCGGCAAGUCGGUCGCGCUUGACUUUGCACGCGCGAUGCCCACGUCGGGCCCGCAGGACGCAUUCCUGCCGGCGCUCGGUGGCUGGCGCGCCGACGCGACGAGCAGCUUCGUCGACGAGCUGGCGUCGAAGAGCACGUACAUGGGCGAGGUCACGGGCAUCCACCUCGCGCUCACGAAGGGCGUGCUGGAGCUGCAGCAGGACCCUGUCAACAACUUCUCGCAGGAGAGCGUGGCCGAGUGCAAGCGCCAGCUGAAUGCCGUUGCCGUGCAGCUCGCCGAGGGCGGCAAGCCGCUGCCGUUUGCAGAGCUGCGCCGCCUGCUCUACCGCUCCGCCGCGCUUGCUGUGGCGCUGCCGACGGCCGACUUUGACCUGCUGCACUACAUCGUCGCCAUCCCGAUCCGCGUCUUCACGCCUGCGGCCAUCAACGCCGCCAGCCACGUGUGGACGUGGGUCAUCGGCGAGCGGCCCGAGGCCGAGACGAAGAUCAUGGUCGAGCUCUCGAUCGGCUGGGCCUCGACGAUCAAGGCUCGCCGCGGCCUCUUCUCGCCCGCCCUGACCGGCGGACACCCGCUACUCAAGAAAACGGAGAUGAGCGCCUUUGACCGCAAGGAGGUGAUGCGCGAGCGCGAGCGCGCUACAAAGCUCUUCUCGCCGCACCUGACGCUGCUGCGCCUCAUCUCGAGCCGCUUCCAGGCGUUCCGCUACCGCGACGGCGCCAUGGUGCUGGCCAUCGUGCGCAUGCUGCAGCGCUCCGCCCAGGCCACGCCGCUGAUGAGCACACACGCGCUCUCGCGCGAGGUGCGCUUUGCGCUGCUCACGUUCGGCUUCCGAGUCAUCCAGCGCAGCCGCCUCGACGGCCUCGUCGAGUUCCAGCUGCGCAGCGCGCUGUACAAGAUCGCGUUCGCCUGGUUCGCCGUGCCGGCGCAGUGGACAUUCGGCAGCAGCCGGCUGCAGGUCGCCGCCGAGAUGUCGCUCAUGCGCGAGCUGCUCGCCACGCUCGCAGCCGACAAGCAGCGCUCCGUCUUUGUCAUCACCUCCUUCCCGCCGUCGCUCGAGGGCGUGCGCUUCCCCGGCGGCCUCUCCGUGGCGGGCGCCGCGCGCUCGUUCGAGGAGCAGCGCGCGCUGCUGCAGCUGCUCGUGGAAGACGAGCUGAGCCGCUUCACCGUGUGGAACAACCCGACGGGCGAGGGCAAGCGCGACGCCGACUUUACGGGCCAGCUCUCGGGCAGCAUGACCGAUGCGCGCUGGCAGCAGACGAUCCGCACGGCGUGGCGCGUCAACCCGCACGUCGCCGUGCAGAUGGUCGGCCGCUUCCACUCGGCGACCGUCGAGAAGGAGGUGGGCCGCCUGGUGCGCGCGCAGCCGCACAAGGCCGUCGCCAGCGGCGACGCACUCGGCCUGCUCGUGGCCGAGCACCUGCAGCUGGCGACCAAGGAGGGCACGGACCUCAAGUGGCUGCUCUACUGGGCGGCCGUGACGCCGGUGGAGCUGGUGAAUCUCUUCCAGCCCAAGUACGGCAACAGCCCGAUGCUGCUGCAGUACGCCAUGCGCGCCCUCGAGCACCAUCCGGUGUCCCUCACGUUCUUCUACGUGCCGCAGAUUGUGCAGGCGCUGCGCGACGACGAGUACGGCUACGUGGAGCAGUUCAUCUUCCAGACGUCGAAGAUCUCGCAGCUCUUCUGCCACCAGAUCAUCUGGAACAUGAAGGCCAACUCGCACAAGGACGACGAGGGCGAGGUGCCGGACCCGAUGAAGCCGACGCUCGACCGCAUGGUCGACCUCAUCGUCGCCGCGCUGUCCGGCGAGGCGCGCAAGUUCUACGAGCGCGAGUUUGGCUUCUUCAACGAGGUCACGGGCAUCUCGGGCAAGCUCAAGCCGUUCAUCAAGAAGAGCAAGGCGGAGAAGAAGGCCAAGAUCGACGAGGAGGUCGGCAAGAUCGACGUCGACGCCGGCGUGUACCUGCCGUCGAAUCCCGACGGCAAGGUCGUCGACAUUGCGCGCAAGAGCGGCCGCCCGCUGCAGUCGCACGCCAAGGCGCCCUUCAUGCUGACGUUCAAGGUGCACCGCGACGUCGCCGACGCGCGCGACAGCGACGAGGUGGCGCCGGGCGCCGACUCGGCCGCCGACGUCACGGGCGGCAAGACGACGGGCGUCGACGUGUGGCAGAUGGCCAUCUUCAAGGUCGGCGACGACUGCCGGCAGGACGUGCUGGCGCUGCAGUGCAUCGCGCAGCUCAAGAACAUCUUUGCCAGCGCCGGCCUCGACCUCUACCUCAAUCCGUACCGCGUCACGGCCACCGGCCCGGGCAUGGGCGUCAUCGACGUCGUGCCCAACGCGACGAGUCGCGACGAGAUGGGCCGCGCGCAGGUCAACGACCUCAGCACGUUCUUCGUGCAGCGCUACGGCAACCGCGACUCGAUUGCCUUCCAAAAGGCGCGCCAGAACUUCAUCUCGUCGAUGGCCGCGUACAGCCUGGCGUGCCACCUGCUCAACGUCAAGGACCGGCACAAUGGCAACAUCAUGAUCGACGGCGACGGCCACAUCAUCCACAUCGACUACGGCUUCCUGCUCGACUCGGGCCCGGGCGGCAUGCAGUUUGAGCCGCCGUUCAAGCUCUCCGUCGAGUACAUCACGCUCAUGGGCGAGGACGGCUUCAAGACGUUCUGCUCGAUGCUCGUGCGCGGCUUCCUCGCCGUGCGCGCCUACGCCGAGCCGAUCAUCGACAUGUGUGUGCUGAUGGCCGGCGCGGAUCUGGGCUGCUAGUGAGUGGUGCCCGCGCUGCGCUGCCCGAGGGGGAACGGAUGCUGACGUGCCCGGUGUGCGCCCGCUGCAGCAAGGGCAACCCGACGCAGGCGAUCCAGCGCAUGCGCGAGCGCUUUGCGCUGGGCCUCAACGAGCGACAGGCGGCACAGUUUGCAAGUCGGUCUUCUACGACUACUUCCAGGAGAAGCAGAACGGCAUUCCGUAUGCCAGCUGAGGCGGCGAGAAUGCCUGUGCCGCGUGCAAUGUCUACUUUUGCUCUCG